AUGCGCCCGCGAAACCCACCCGACGUCGACGACGCGACGUCGUCGUCCCCGUUCGACUCGUCCGCGCUCCACGGUCGUCUCGUGCACGGCACGUGCGGUUGGGCGUCGAAGAGCCAAAAUUUAAGCUUUUACGCGCCCAACGAGCUGUCGAGCGGAGAAAGGCGUUUGCCGAGCUACGCCGAGCGUUUCGGGUGCGUCGAAGUGGACAGCACCACGUAUGCCAUUCCCACGAGGGACGUCGUCCAGCGCUGGGUCGACGCGACGCCGGACGGUUUCGUGUUCCUCGUGAAGGCGUUCGGCGGGCUGUGCGCGUCGACCGUCGACGCACGCUCGCUGCCGCGUGACGUACGCGAGAUGCUCCCGCCGACGCCUUCGGGGCGCGUCGCGUACUCGUCGAUGCCAACACGGGCGAAGGAUGCGCUGUGGGCGCGUUGGAACGAUGCCAUCGCGCCGAUCGUCGAGGCUGGGAAGCUCGGCUGCGUGGUGUUUCAAUUUCAUCUGUCGCAAGGCGUCGGCGACGCGCUUCGAGCGCACGCGUUGGAGUGUCAGUCGCGAUUGAACGGCGCACGCACGGCGGUGGAGUUUAGGAACAGAGAUUGGAUCACGGGCGAUGUCGGCACGCAGACGGUGCGCUGGUGCCGCGAACAUGAUUUAUUGCUCGUCGCCGCAGAUGAGUUGGAGCACGAAACGUUUCAGCGUGAUAGACAACAAACUGGUUUACCCGUCGACGGCACGGGACGACGGAGCGCGUGCUCGACGAAGAAGAAAUUUCGUUUUGGAGCGAGCGCGUGCGCGCGCUCGAUCCCAAACCGACGCGAGGACCUAUUUGGGUUACUUGGGGCACCGAGUGGCGCGACGCUCCGCUGA